UAUAAAGCAAAGAGAGAAAUUCAGAGUUUCAUUCAUCAAAAACCCAGAAAACCCGUAAUCUUCAAAAUCCUAUCUUCCAACUUGUCAAAGCUGUUUUACCUUCCUCUGUGGUUGAACAAGUUUUCAUAUCAAUUUGGUUCACUCUUUCCAUGUUUAUUGAUCCUUCUUGAUUCAGAAACAAUCUGUUGUUCUAAAUUGGUGUUCGAAUCGGCAUUGAUAAAGAAAAUGGGCCUCUCAAGUCUGCCAUCGCCGUCCGAAGGAGUGCUAUGUGCACUUCUUGUUAACACUGUGCUCUCAGUCUCCAUAUUUAAAGGCAUUGUUAGGACAAUCCUUCACAUUGUUGGCAUCCACCUUUCAUCAUCCUCUUCGCCGAACGCCACCUCCCAGAGCCAUCAACCAUCCGAGACAUUCGAGUUCCUCCUUAGCCCCUCAGAAACAUUCAUCGAAGAGUUUAGGAGCCGCACGCCUACAAUCCGCUUCGACAGCAUGUUCUCCUGUGGGAAACCUGAACAUGACUGCUGUGUGUGCCUCUCUCAAUUUGAGCCGGAAUCUGAGAUAAACCGCUUGCCCUGCGGCCAUCUCUUCCACAAAGUGUGCUUGGAGAAGUGGUUGGAUUAUUGGAACAUCACAUGCCCACUUUGCAGGAACCCUUUGAUGCCUGAAGACAAUGAUCCAUGGCUCUUAGUAAGCAAUGAAUGAGUGAAAUCAUGCUUUUGCUAAAGGAAUGAGUGUGAAUGUUUCAUUAUCAUUGUACAGUUUUUAGUGUACAUAUCCUUUUUUUCUUUCUUUUUUUUGAUGUUGAUGCAUCUUGAUACCCUUUGCCACUUUA